AUGACAGCUAUUAUUGCCUUGUGCACACCACAAUGGCAAACAGUAACAAUUACAGAAUUUCAUACCGAACAUCAACAUGGCUUAUGGAUGGAUUGUAUUGUCGGCAAGAAACACGUACAAGAAAUUCAUCUUCCAGGCACAUCUGAAAGAAGUCUUCAUUGCUCAUACAAAUUUGAAAAUGCUCAAAAAAAUGGUAUAAAUAAUGAUGAAGAUGGUGAAGAGCAGCACAGAUUUCAUAAUUGGCAUAAAGCUGUGUUAUGCUUGAUGCUCCUUGCGCUGCUUACAGCGUUUGUAGUCUGCUGCUUUUUAAUGUGUGCCUUAUACUUUCGUACUGCAGCAAUUGUUUCAUGUACAUUACUGCUAAUCGCAACAAUUCUUUCAAGUGUUGGGGUCAGUACUUUCUUUAUUCAUUCUCACAAAGCUGAAAUUCGAUUUGUACAAGGUAUCACUCGAACAUACGAGCAGCGAUGUGGCUAUUCCUUCUAUUUAGCACUUUCAUCCUGUAUCACCUUUCUACUUGCAUUCCUUUGUUCCCUAUUUUGUUCCGUAACGAUACUUCUACAUGAACGGAAUCAACGUUCGCCUCCAAAAAGAUUCACCAUGAUCAACAGUUCUGUAUAG